AUAUAGUGGAGUAACUUUGAUCUUUGGAAAUACCACAUAAACAAUCCAGUGUCCGAAUUCGCUUGAAACAUUCUAUUUCCAGUGCAUAGUAACAGCAUGGAGAAGCACAAUUUCUUAUUGAUUCUUCUCUUUCUAGUUCAUUUUUCUAUAUCAGUUGCUCCCUCAAAUGAGACGGACCAAGAAGCUCUACUAGCUUUCCAAAAUUUUAUUACAAGUCCUAGUCAUUUUUUGGCCAAUAAUUGGACCAAGAAUGCUUCUUUUUGCUCUUGGUUUGGUGUCACUUGCAGUUCAAAAAGGCAAAGGGUUGUGGCCUUGGCGCUUCCUAAUUUGCAACUUCAAGGCACAAUUUCCCCGUCUUUGGCCAAUUUGUCCUUUCUCAGUGUGCUCAAUCUUGGGAACAACAGCUUCCAUGGUGGCAUCCCUUACGGACUUGGCCACUUGCCUCGCUUGGAAGUGAUUGAUGUUCAAAACAAUCAGCUAGAAGGAAGUAUUCCACCAAGUCUAUUUCAACACCGGACAAUUCAAAAUAUUUUAUUGGCUUUCAAUAAAUUCAGUGGUGAAAUGUGGAAAGGUCCAUGGUAUGUUCCGGAACUCAGAGUCUUAAAUCUCAAGAACAAUAGCCUCACGGGUAUAAUCCCUCCUUCGGUUGGAAAUGCCACAAAAUUGCUGAGCUUCAGUUUGUAUGGGAAUAGAGUCAGCGGCAACAUUCCAAAGGAAAUCGGUAAUCUAAGCCGACUUGCAUUUCUAUCCCUGACAGAUAAUCAGUUAACAGGUUAUAUUCCUACAGUACUGUUUAAUAUCUCCUCGCUACUUAUCAUAGGUCUGGGAAUCAAUAGCCUUUCUGGUCCCCUCUUGCUUGGUGAAGAGAAUAUUGUGUCAAAUCUAGAGGGUUUAAGUGUAUCUUGGAACAAAAUUUCUGGUUCCAUUCCUUCCACCAUUUGCCAACUCAGGGAGCUGAAAGGGUUGUCCCUAUCUUCCAACAACAUAACUGGAGACAUACCCAAAUAUAUUGGUUGUUUAUCCAAGCUCGAGGAUUUUUACAUUGGUGAUAAUCCAAUAACAGGGACUGUUCCCACUUCAUUGGGCAAUAUUUCCACUCUGCAAAAUCUUUAUUGUGGAAGCAAAAGCUUGGAGGGCCCAAUUCCUCUGGAAUUGGGGAAGCUAUCAAAUUUGAGGCUAAUUAACUUUGUCCAAAAUUAUAAAUUUAGUGGUCAAAUUCCGAAGGCUAUUUUUAAUAUAUCUUCUUUGGAACUAGUCGAUUUCAGUUUCAAUAACCUCUCGGGGGAAAUUCCAACCACUAUAGGUCUUCAUCUUCCAAACCUUGAACAACUUUUCUUGGGAAACAAUCAGCUCCAAGGGGAAAUUCCUCUAUACAUCACAAAUGCUUCCAAGCUUGAGGCAUUGGGGCUAGAACAUAACUUUCUCACAGGCACUAUUCCUACUAACUUGGGAAAUCUCUGUGAGCUGUGGGGAUUGUUUCUAUCUGAAAAUCAACUUACCAAUGAACCAGGUGAACAUGAUCUGCAAUUCUUCAAUUCUUUGGUGGACUGUAGGAUGUUGCAAUAUCUAGAACUGAGUUCCACACUGUUGAAUGGCGUUUUGCCCAAUUCUAUUGGGAAUCUUUCAUCUACUUUGAAAAACUUUCAUAUAGCAGAUGCACACAUAAACGGCCCCAUCCCCACAAAUAUAGGCAACAUAAGUGGUCUAUUGUCGCUAGGUUUUGAGGAUAACAACUUGAUCGGAACCAUUCCUUCUGAGGUCGGUAAGCUUGAACAACUCCAAGGUCUAUAUCUAUAUAACAAUAAAUUGCAAGGGAAUAUUCCAGAGGUAGUUUGUCAUUUAUCUAAUUUGGUCCUAUUACAUCUAGCUGAUAAUGAGCUCUUUGGGUCAAUUCCAGCAUGUAUAGGGAAUCUUAGCAUGCUACAACACCUUUAUUUGGGUUCUAAUAAACUUUCAUCACCGCUUCCUUUGAGCCUCUGGAAAAUGAGUGGCCUUCUCCGCCUAAACAUUUACCAAAACUUUAUACAAGGAGAAGUUUCACCAAAUAUUAGUGAACUGAAGGCCAUUAUAGCAAUAGAUCUUUCUGGUAACCACCUUUCGGGCAUGAUACCAAGAAGAAUAGGGGACCUUGAGAACCUGCAGUAUCUUUUCCUAUCAAACAACUCAUUUUCUGACCCAAUUCCAUCAUCCUUUGCAAGCUUGGUAAGCCUGGAGUUCUUGGAUUUGUCAUUAAAUGCCAUAUCAGGUACUAUUCCUAAGUCAUUGGAGAAACUAUCACACCUUAUAAGUAUCAAUGUUUCGUUUAAUGAAUUAGAAGGUGAAAUACCCAGUGGUGGUGUGUUUGCAAAUUUUACUCCACAAUCUUUCCUAGGGAAUACAGGUCUAUGUGGAAUGCACAUAUUGAAGGUUCCUUGUGCUAUCACUAAUCGUGGACAACAAUCAAAGUCUAAGAAGCUUGUGCUCAAAAUUGUCAUUCCAAUGGUUAUUUCAUCCUUUUUGAUAUUGUUGGUGGCUUCAAUUUGGAUAAUGAAACGACAGAAGAAAGGGAAGUCCAAAGAUGUGGAAGAGGUACUGGAGAUCAAGACUCAUCAAUUAGUUUCUUAUCACGAGAUUCAACGAGCGACCAAUUAUUUUGAUGGAUCAAAUUUAAUUGGUGUGGGAGGUUCUGGCUCUGUGUACAAAGGCACAUUAUCUAGUGGAACUGUGGUGGCAAUAAAGGUUUUGGAUUUGCAAAAUGAGGAAGUAUGCAAAAGGUUUGAUACUGAAUGUGAAGUGCUGAGGAAUGUUAGGCACAGAAAUCUUGUUUCGGUGUUUACUACUUGUUCCAGUGAAUGCAUAAGGGCCUUCGUUCUGCAGUAUAUGCCUAAUGGAAGUCUUGAUAAUUGGUUGUACAAAGAAGAUCGCCACUUGAACCUUCCUCAAAGAGUCACCAUAAUGCUUGAUGUGGCUGUGGCAAUUGAAUAUCUACACCAUGAUCAUGAGUCUCCGAUAGUUCAUUGCGACCUAAAGCCAGCCAACAUUCUUUUGGAUGAAGAUAUGGUGGCACACGUUGGUGAUUUUGGCAUAUCUAAAAUAUUAGCUGUAAGCAACUCCAUGGCACAUACGGAGACAUUAGGGACUCUUGGUUACAUUGCACCAGAAUAUGGCUCGGAGGGAAGAGUGUCAACUAGUGGUGAUGUUUACAGCUAUGGCAUCAUGAUGAUAGAGGUAUUGUCAAAAAGAAGACCAACUGAUGAUGAGAUAUUCAAUGAAAAUCUUGGCCUGAGACAGUGGAUAAGACGAGCAUUUCCCAAGACAACUAUGGAAGUUGUGGAUGCCAAUCUUUUUCAUGAGGGAAAGCAUGUCAAUUCAAAAAGUGAACUCUGCAUAGCCUCCAUGAUAGAAUUGGCUUUGGAUUGCACAAAGGAAAAGCCAGAGUCAAGGAUAACUAUGAAAGACGUAGUCAAGAGGCUUCACAAAAUCAAGAACACGUUUUUGGAAACAUAGAAGUUAGCUUCUGUUAAAGUGUUUCUUUUUUAGCUGCAAGUUAAUAUGUUUUCUUUUUUAACCUAGUUUCUUUAGUGAAGUCGUCCCUAUUACUUUUCCAGUACUGUGUGUACUUCAGUGUUUUAACACUACACAUAUUGUAUUAAUUUUGUUACAUAGUAAUUGAUUUUCAAGCAUUCUUGUUAUUGUCUUAGCUAGAAGAAUUUAACAA